AUGGAUGAUAUUCUACGAGUCGUUCAAAACCAAAUAUCCUAUGCUUGGGAUACUCUUCAAGAGAUUAUCAACGUCCCUAAAAGGCAACGACGAUUAAUUAUGGUCAUUGUAUGUGUUGCCUUGUUACUUGAUAAUAUGCUCUAUAUGGUUAUUGUACCAAUUAUUCCCGACUAUUUACAAAGUAUAGGAGCAUGGUCAACAACGCCAAGUAAUAUAACAAAAGCGGUGCCAUCAACUGCAAAAACAUCGAAAAUAAUCACGACUACUAUUGCUACUUCCAAGGAUGAUGAUGAUAGUGCAGAAGAUGUUGCUGUUGGAACAUUGUUUGGUUCAAAAGCAAUCAUACAAUUGUUAAUCAAUCCAUUUAGUGGUGCACUAAUUGACCGGAUUGGUUACGAUAUUCCAAUGUGCAUUGGACUUUGUGUCAUUUUUCUAUCGACAACAACAUUUGCAUUUGGCCGUUCGUAUGGCGUUUUAUUCCUUGCACGAAGUUUGCAAGGAGUGGGCUCAGCAUUUGCUGAUACAUCCGGUCUAGCCAUGAUUGCUGAUCGAUAUCAAGAUGAAGGUAGUCGUAGUCGACAAUUAGGUAUUGCAUUAGCAUUCAUUUCUUUUGGAUCUCUUGUUGCUCCACCAUUUGGCGGUAUUCUAUAUCAAUUCUUUGGUAAACGUGUACCGUUUAUCACACUGGCUCUAAUUGCCCUGCUCGAUGGUGUUCUUCUAUUUGUUGUCAUGCGACCGAAUCGACUUCGGGAAGCAUUUGAUUUUUCCAAUAACUCGGCUGGCAAACCAAAAGGCACACCAAUUUGGCGUCUUCUAAUGGAUCCUUACAUUGCUGUAUGCGCAGGAGCUUUGGCCAUGGCUAAUGUUGGUUUGGCUUUUCUUGAGCCAACCAUAUCAAUAUGGAUGCGAGAGAAGAUGAAUGCAACCGAAGCACAAAUGGGUCUCAUUUGGUUGCCAGGUUUCAUUCCUCAUGUUAGCGGAGUUUAUUUGACUGUCAAAAUGAAUGAACGAUAUCCAAAAUUUCAAUGGUUAUUAGCAGCUAUAGGGCUUGCACUUCAAGGUAUCAUGUGCGCUUUCGUACCAUUCUGUACGAAUUUCGCAACGUUAAUGAUACCAAUCAGUGGAAUUUGUUUUGGUAAUGCUUUAGUUGAUACUGCAUUGUUACCGACAUUAGCCUACCUUGUCGACGUUCGCCACACAUCUGUUUACGGGUCUGUUUAUGCUAUUGCUGAUAUAUCUUACUCGCUCGCCUACGCAAUGGGUCCCAUAGUUGCUGGAUCCAUUGUGUAUGCAACGAAUUUUCUCACAUUGAAUAUGUUCAUAUUUAUCAGUAAUAUUGCGUACGCACCGGUCUUGUAUAUUCUCAGAAACUUUUAUGCUUAUAAACCCAUGGAGAAUGACGAAUUACGGUCAUUCGCACAUCAACCACUACAGAAUGAACCCGAUGAAGAUAAUUACCUACGUUCAAUAUCAAAUAAUAACUAUAAUCAACAGAAUGAUUAUGAUUCAUCAUCCAACGCUUGGCCGAAAUCGACCGUAGUGAACCAAUAUCCUCAAAUGAGUACGAUGAACCAACAAGGUGCAGUACAUUUCCAAUCGAAAUCAAGGAACAUUGUUGAUUAUGAUGAAUUCUAA